CGCGCGUCACUGUCACGGCGUCACCAUCACCCGUGCCCGUGCAGGUGCAGGUGCCUGGCCCGUCGUCACACUGUCACAGACUCACAGCUCCGUAGCGGUACAACCACGUCGGUUUCGCUUUCGCCGGCUCUGCCUCGUGGUCCACCACCAAGUUGCGUUUGCGUCCCUGGCCGAGGAGGAAAGCAACUAGCCAGCCAGUCACCAAACGCGCAACCCGAUCGAGAUCGAGAGAUCUGCAUAUGUCAGAGUCCGGCCCGGCCGCCGAUGGAGGCGCCGGGGGCGGGCCGGCUGACGCUGGCGGGGUGAGGUCCAUGGUGCAGCGGUGGAAGAUGGACGGCGCGCCGGCGCGGGCGCGGCUGCUGCUGCGGGCCCUGGCGUGGCUCUUCUCCCUCCUCGCCCUCGUCGUCAUGGCGUCCAACCAGCACGGCGGCAGCCAGGACUUCCGCGAGUACCCCGAAUACAACUACUGCCUGGGCAUCUCGAUCGUGGCGUGGCUGUACGCCACGGCGCAGGUCCUGCGCGACGUCCACCGCCUCGGCUCCGGGCGGGACCUCAUCGCGGCGAGGAAGGCGUCGGCCGUCGUCGACUUCGCCGGAGACCAGGUGGUGGGUUCAUCCGGUCGUCGCUUACUUCUUGAUAUCGGCCAUGUCCGCGGCGGCGCCGGUGACGGACUACAUGCGCCAGGCGGCGGAUAACCUGUUCACGGACUCGGCGGCGGCGGCGAUCAGCAUGGCCUUCUUCGCGUUCGUGGCCAUUGGCCUCUCUGCUCUCGUCUCCGGGUACAACCUCUCCAUGGAGGCUCUUGUAUAGCCUGUGAAUCACAACUCUACCAUCUCAUGUGUGAUGUGUCACGUUACCCAACCUCGACACUGUUCAUAUAGUAUUGCCUCCAAUUGUUAGUUGAGCAUAUUUCUUUUUCUCUCUGAUAAAGAAGAUGGAAUGUGUAACUACUGUUUAAUUUACAUAGACCAUGCAAAGACGAAAGUCAAACUCA